AUGGACCAAACCCGGCAAGGCCGGGCAUGUGAAUUGGAGCUGCGAAGAUGGGCAAAUUUGCUGGAAGCCCUGCAAAGCGAAGGUGCAACGAAUGAUGAAGCGCCUUUGAUCUUUGAGGAUGAGGAUGAGCCAAAAAUCAGCGCCGAGAGCAUAAUACUCCGGUCAAAUCAAACGAUCGAAAAGUGCAUACUCGCUUUUGCGACACAUGCUAUUGAGGCAGAGAAUUUCCUUAAUCAAGCUGUAAACACUCACUUUCCCACAAUUUUGCUGUACGAAGAAAUGGAAUCUCCGACUCAGGCCGAGGUAGUCGCUCGAAUGAGUCGAUUCCUGCCCGCGCUUCAUGCAUUCGCCGAUUUUCUGGGCAGAGUAUCGCUGAUGUUUCGCAAUCUUCUGCAGCAAAUUCGCGCGUUCUACGGGCUAAGUCAAGCCGAACUGCCAAAUUCGAAGGAGUGGAGCCUGACGAGAAGCUGGCGGACGCUCGGCGAUCUUUUGGCAAUUUUGAUGCAGACUGACGAAAUUGUGCUGCACCACGCCUGGGUGAAGCGCGACUGGAACGUUUAUAGGAGG